UUGGACAGCCGCCUCGACGCAGUGUGGCGCCUGCUUGGAUUGAUCCAUGCUAACAAAUUCCCUUUGUUGUGAUUAACCGUUCAGCGGUUGUGAUUCUGCUGUAAUAACUUAUAUUAAGGAAGUUGCUGUUGCGAAAACCUAGAGGAUGAGUGGCGGAGUGUAUGGAGGCGAUGAGGUGGGAGCUUUGGUGUUCGACAUUGGCUCAUACACUGUAAGAGCUGGCUACGCAGGAGAAGACUGUCCCAAGGCGGACUUCCCCACGGUGAUAGGUGUGACCCUUGACCGAGAGGAUGGCAGCACACCCAUGGAGACGGAUGGUGACAAGCCGAGCAAGCAGAGUGGCACCACCUACUUCAUUGAUACCAACCAGCUGAGGGUACCCAGGGAGAGCAUGGAGGUCAUGUCUCCGCUCAAGAAUGGCAUGAGUAAGUGUUGCAUCGUCAAAUCGCCCCUGGCUGGAGACUUCAUGAGCAUGCAGUGUCGGGAGCUUUUUCAAGAGUUAAAUGUUGAAAUAAUCCCCCCUUACAUGAUUGCAUCAAAGGAUGGAGUGCGAGAGGGAUCACCGGCCAGCUGGAAGAAAAAGGAGAAACUACCUCAGGUCACCCGCUCAUGGCACAACUACAUGUGCAAUUGUGUGAUCCAGGACUUCCAAGCAUCUGUGCUGCAGGUGUCAGACUCGCCAUAUGAUGAACAGGUUGCCGCACAGAUGCCCACAGUGCACUAUGAGCUGCCUAACGGCUACAACUGUGACUUUGGGGCUGAAAGGCUGAAGAUCCCAGAGGGGCUGUUUGAUCCCUCUAAUGCCAAGGGACUGUCUGGAAACACCAUGUUGGGAGUUGGCCACGUGGUGACGACCAGCGUUGGAAUGUGUGACAUUGACAUCCGUCCGGGUCUGUAUGGCAGUGUGGUGGUGACUGGAGGAAACACACUCAUUCAGGGCUUCACAGACCGACUAAACCGAGAACUCUCCCAGAAAACCCCUCCGAGCAUGAGGCUGAAGCUGAUAGCCAACAACACUACAGUGGAGCGCCGGUUCAGUGCCUGGAUAGGAGGCUCCAUCCUGGCGUCACUCGGAACCUUCCAGCAGAUGUGGAUCUCCAAACAGGAGUACGAAGAAGGAGGAAAGCAGUGUGUAGACAGGAAGUGCCCUUGAUUUGACACCCAACCCCACCCUGUCCAUCACCCUCUUUGCCACAAGCUCAACAUCAUGAGACGCACCUCUGACCCUGGACUCAGGAACACCCACGGAUGAUUUUUUUUUUUAAUAAUUGAGUUUCUCUGGGAUUUGUGAAGAUAAGACAAACCUAUACAAAGUAAACUGUUACUAUGAUGAAAUGGGGUUUAAGUUCCUUUGUUUAUGUCAUUAGUCAGUCUGUUGCCUUAUCUUUAGAUUGUUGGGAGUUUUGUGGAAACCUUGCAUCUUCAAAAAAGUUUUUCUGGAAUCCACAAAAGCUUGAUCCUAUUGUAUUUUCUUGGUCCCCCCACUUUAGAAAUAGUCUGACAUGUCCUGAGGAUCAUAAAAUACCAGCGUGUUGGUCCUAAAUGAAGUUUUUGAGCACAAUGUGGAAAAACAAUUUGUUCUGCAAGGUUUCUGCAGAAUAUAACGUGCAUUUGGAGGAACAACCUCAGUAUGAAGGUGAAUAAUGUCUUCAGUUCAUAAGCCUUUUUGUGUAGUAAGCAAGGUAAUCAGAGGCAAAGGACAGUCAGUUCUCACCUCUGCUUUUUGGUGUCAAAUCAAAUAAAUCUGUAUUUAAUUUUCACUUUGCUUGUCAUUAGCUACAUAUGGUCUUUUAAAAAAAAAUAAAGUCUGUUUUUGUUAAAUGAA